AUGGAUGCCAAUUCAACUUUGUCAGAACAUCAUGGAAGGUAAUUGUACUAUACUUGUACUAUAAGACUCAUGUGUACUUUGUUUUCAAUUGAGUGUAAAAAGGUCUUGAAACUCUUGAUUGGAGUGAUUUCAUAUUGUGACCACUAUAUUUUUUGAAAUAUAGGUCCACAAUUGAACAAUUAAAUACAUCUUUGUUCACUGAUGAUGAAUUAGAAACUAGCAGUGAAGAGAACAGCUCUGAUUAUGACUUCAGGUAACUAGUAGCAGUAUGUGUAGUGCACUAAACAAACUCUGUCAGUCUAUGGUUUGGCCUGUGCAACUUGUGUAUAGACAUCCAUCCGCAUUAAGUGACUAAUUAAUCCUUUCAGCUUUUCAUGUUAUGAUAUUCAUCUUUAUUUAGUGUUCGUUCAUGUAUUUUGUCUUACAGAAGCAAAUGUGUAAAGGAUUAAUGUCUGCAAUUUGUUGUUGAUUUACACUGCAACUUGUGUUUAACGCAAAAACAUGUAUUUUUCAGAGAACCCGACCAGUCGGCUAUGCUGGAGUUGGAUGAUGAAAGAGGGUUGGAUGAUGAGGAGGAGACAGAGGAUGAAAUGUAUGUACAGUAUUAAUUAAGUAAUAAAAAAAACAUUAUUAAUACUUGUUAUUUAUCAGGCCUUAAAAUAUCGGUCGGUCACGGACAUUGUCCGACCCAUUCGUGAAAUUGUCCGACGUAGAAAGGAAACCACCGGACAUUCUGUCCGACCAAAGUGAAACUGAGGUUUAUUGUUUGUCCGACCCGAGUGUAUUGGUGUCCGACCGAACUGUAGCUUUGUCCGACGUAAAUGUGCCCUAGCCAAGGACUAGAGGCUUGUAUGUUAAAUGGAAAAUCAGAGUACUAUUGUAUAAAAGGUCAACUGGAAAUGUUGUUUUAACAUAGACGAACGUGGGGCGGCAAGCGAAAUGGUGAAGUGGAAAACUGGCUUAAGUUGUCGAAGUCUUUUUUAAUACUGCUGUUCUGGAAAGCAAGUUAAUUCUGGCUUGGAAAUAAGUAUGAAAGAAACAAAUUAUUUAAUAUCUUUACAACAUUUACCGUUUAUUCAUUUGUGUCAUUCAGACUUAUUUCCGAGUCAAAACUGAACUGAAGGUCAUCGCCUCAUCGGACAUAUGUCCGACCCAAACUCAAGGUCACCGGACAUUUUGUCAGACGGCCCUGUAAAAGAUAUUUUAAGGCCUGUAUUUAUUAUUAAACAUUGCAAAGUAUAUAUGAGACAUAAUUAUUAUAUAUGGUCUUCUGGUGUCAGGUAGCAUACUGUAACUAAUAAGUCAUCAAUAUCUACUUAUAGGCCAACAAACUUCAACUAUAGCAUGGAUAUUGACGAGUAAGUAAAUAUUCGCAACAUUUACAACCAAAUGGAUACCAGGCUUAUUAAGCAAAUUCCCUGAAAUUUAAUUGCACCCCCCCCCCUCAUUUUCUUGAAAAAAAUUAAUAGCCCCCCUUCUAGUCAUUUAUUUAUACAUAUGCCCCCCUUAUUUUUGCCUUCCCCCUGUCCAUAAAUAAUAACCAGUCCCUAAGAAUAUAAAAAAUAUGAGUGUAUAUAUCCAUAGUUAAAUUAGCCUUUCAAAGCAAAUUUCAAAGAAAGUUGAAAGAGAGCCUGUUCGCAGGCUAUACUGUAGUUGAAUUUAAAGUAUAGUGUGCGAAAUGUGAUGCAAUUACACGUUGCUAUGUAUUUUCUUUUGUUAUUUCUCUGUUAGCAGUCCAUUAGAAGAAAGUGAAGAUGAGAACAAUGAUGUUGAUCCCCCUGGUACCAAGUUUGAUGAUCCCUUAACUACUAAAGAUUGCAUCAUUGGUCAUGGGCCACAUCCUAAACUAAGUCGGGGGGAAGAGAUAUACAAUGUUGAGCGGGAAUUCAAAAUAGCGAAUGAAAAAAAGUUUAUAUGUUCAAUUGACUUGCUGAUUUGCAUGUUUCAAGCUCGAUGUCAGACACCUGGUUGUGACAAAAGUCCUGAAGUAAACUAUCAUUUUAUUGGGCCAACUGUCAUUGUAAACUAG